UCGGGAAAAGAAAACCAGGGAGCAAGGAAAGACACAGGUCAUAUGAACUUGAAUGAUCGUCACUCCUUGUUGAGGCCAAAAAGUUGGGCAAGAGACCAAAGUCCGCCUCGGAGGUUUGGACUCACGCCGUCACCCCAGCUGACCGUGAGAAAGACGAGACAAGCACACCGUAGUGCAAAUGCAAGGGUUCAUCCAGACAAGAGAACUGACUCAUCCUGCACCUUUCCUGCUGGGUACGGGGUGCGCUCUGUCAAGAGUCGUCCCCCCUUAUCCAACAUAUGUGACGAGGCGGCUUUGGCGGAAGCUUUGCCCUCCACGCUUCAUGCACCUUACCGAGAAGGGCAUGUAUUGCCUUUGUCCGAACUACCUUUUCCUGCGGAGAGCCUCGCUUCCAUCCGGCAGCAUAGACAGUCGUAUGUGCUGGCACCGCAUAUCGUUAUCACGCCCGAGGUCACUGCUCUCGAGCCUGGGCGUCACAGCUUGUGGGCGGCCGUCGAAGUUUCUGGCCGACUCUGGCCUGCCUCCGAGAGUGCGAUAGAACCGAGGCCUUGUCAAGAGCGGUCAGGCUAUUCCAAGAGCCUCACAGGAUGUGAUCAGCAAGGGGAUCCAUUUGAAUUUGGCCGCCUUUACGACUUGAAAGUCCAAGUCCUGCCAACAGAAAAAUCAUCUGUUGUUCGAGUUCUGCAGAACCAAUCCUUCCCCAUCAGAACCCUUGACGCCGGCUCUAGUGUCCUUCUCCUGACUCAGACGCAGGUCGAUGUAAAGUUAGGGAUUCGAAACGGGAAGCAAGGGAGCCCCCGACAGCCAUCGGACGAUCUCAUAGAAGAUCUCGAGGCGGAGCUGGGCAACUCGCAUGUGGGGUAUAUCGAGGUGCGGCUAUCGUAUCGUCACUCGGCCUUUCCCACAUCUAGGGACAUCGACAUCCAAGCCGACGGCAUGCUCAGUAUACAAAGCAAGGUUGAGACAGUGGCCAUGGCUUCUGUAAAACUCCACAACACGAUGUCACCGUGGUCUCCUCCUCCUCCAGAGCCGACGCCGAAUCCACUGUUGCCGCUAAUCGAGAGACACUAG